ACUAAUUUCUCACUAUCUUUUCAGAGACGUGAUGGUGGUAUUCCAUCGGACCCGGAAAAUGUCUGCCUUUCUGGUGGUGCUUCAGAGUCUAUAAGGAAUGUAUUGAAACUGUUCAUGAAUAAUAAAGGUCCCAAAAAAGCAGGAAUUAUGAUUCCCAUCCCCCAGUAUCCUCUAUACUCUGCUUCCGUUGAAGAAUUUUCCCUUGGACAGGUUGGAUAUUACCUUGAAGAGGAGAGGAACUGGGGUCUUAACGUGAGUGAAUUGGAGAGAGCAUAUACAGAAAGUUUAAAGAAGUAUGACACGAAAGUGCUUUGCGUUAUAAACCCAGGAAACCCUACUGGCCAGGUACUUUCGCGAGAAAAUAUAGAAGAAGUAAUAAAGUUUGCUCACAAACAUCAUCUAUUCCUCAUGGCUGAUGAAGUGUAUCAGGACAACGUCUACGCUGAGGGUAGUAAGUUUAAUUCAUUCAAGAAAGUCAUCAACGAAAUGGGUGCUCCUUACAACAAGAUGGAGCUUGCAUCCUUCCACUCCGUAUCAAAGGGUUACAUGGGAGAGUGCGGAAUGCGAGGAGGAUACGUCGAGUUCUUCAACCUUGACCCAGAAGUCUACGUAAUGUACAAAAAAAUGAUUUCUGCAAAAUUGUGCUCAACUGUUCUAGGCCAGGUUGUGAUGGAUUGCGUUGUGAAUCCGCCGAAACCCGGUGAUCCUUCCUACGAUCAGUGGUUGAAGGAGAAGACUGCAGUCCUCGAUUCACUCAAACUUAGAGCAAAACUUGUCAAAGAAGCUUACGGAAGCAUAGAGGGGGUGAUGUGCAAUGAAGUACAGGGGGCGAUGUAUGCAUUCCCGCAGCUCGUACUACCACCAAAAGCCGUUGAAAAAGCGAGGGUAAGUCCUACAUUUUUUUCUCAUAAGAGAGCUACCAUAAAAGCUUCAUAUUCUAAAAUUGCUAUUAAUUUAAUCAGAACUUGGUCUUUCUCAGAUAUUUAGUA